GAGAGAGAUCUGCUAAGCUUAGCAAACUACUGUUAUGGCGAGCUCAGAUGCAGGAAUGCCGUCCAAUAGUGAGUAUCAAGUGUUUCUGAGCUUUAGAGGACCCGACACUCGCGCUGGAUUCACUGAUGUCCUCUUCCAUAGCUUGACCGAUGCUGGCAUUUGCGUCUUCCGAGAUGACGAAGAGCUCCGUGUCGGUGAAAGGAUCGAUGGAUCGCUUCAGCAAGCAAUCCAAAACUCCAAAAUCUACAUACCCAUCUUCUCUCGUACCUACGCUUCGAGCCAAUGGUGCCUCCGUGAGCUCACACAGAUCGUGGCAAGCACCUUCAAUUCGGGAGGUAAUAAAGAGAUUCUACCCAUUUGCUUCGACGUGGAACCUGAUGAUAUUAAGCUAAAAACCCCGCUAUAUCGCAAUGCCAUACUCAAUUUGGAGCGCGAGAAGAAGUUCUGCAAUGAGCAAGUAGAUGCUUGGAGAGAGGCUCUCAUGGAGAUUGAUGCCAUAAAGUUUUGGGAAGUGAAGAAAUACAAAGGACACGGUGAACUGAUCAAAUUGGUAGUUGAGGAGGUCCUGAAAAAGUUGAAGACAAAACACAGAUUAGUGACUGGACAUUUAGUUGGAAUUGAUGAUCGAGUAGCAGCAGUAGGCAAAUUAUUAGAUCUCAACUCUGGUGGUGUGCGAUUAAUCAACAUUUACGGCAUGGGGGGCAUCGGUAAAACAACUCUUGCCAAGGUCGUCUUCAACAAAAUCUCUUCUCAUUUUGGAAAGUGUUGUUGUUUCCUCGAAGAUGUUCGAGCGAAGUCAUCAAGAACCGACGGCCUAGUUGAGUUGCAAAAGAAGUUAUUAUCCGAAAUCAGUCAUCCUGCUGGAAUAAGGAGCAUUGAUGAAAUUGAUUAUGGAAUGAAGCGGAUUGGAGAAGCACUUUCCAAUAAGAAAGUUCUCAUUGUACUUGAUGAUGUCGAUAAUAACAAACAAGUGGAGUAUUUGGUUGGAAAUGGUACUUUGUAUUCGGGAUCUAGAAUAUUGAUUACAACUAGAAAUAAAGAUGUUUUGGAAAGCCAUACACUAAAUCAUCAAAUUGUGGAUUAUGAAAUGGAGGUGAUGAGUGUUGGUCGUGCUCUUGAGCUUUUUAGUCAACAUGCAUUUAAUAGAGACUGUCCUUCGGAUGAUUAUAAUGAUUUUGCAAAGGAAAUCGUAUUCGCAUCUGGAAGACUUCCGUUGGCUCUUGAAGUGAUAGGUUCGUUUCUCUACCACAAGACACGGGAACUAUGGAAAGAAACAUUGGACAAACUAAGAAAAGCACCUCAUGAGGAUGUUUUUGGAAAGUUGAAGAUCAGCUAUGAUGCCCUAAGUUUUGAACAACAACAAAUAUUCCUCGACAUUGCAUGCUUUUUCAUUGGUGAGGAUAAGACAAAUGCAAUUUAUAUGUGGAGAGAUUGUGGACUUUUCCCAGAUAACGAGGUUAGGAUCCUCAGUAGCAUGUGUUUGAUAAAAAUUGUAGAAAAUAAUAAGUUUUGGAUGCAUAGUCAACUCGGAGAUCUUGGAAAAGAAAUUGUUCGUCAAGAAGAUCCCAUGAAUCCUGGAAAGCGUAGUAGGUUAUGCACUCACGAGGAGAUCCUUGAUACAAUAACCACAAAGAAGGUGAAGAAGAAAGUUCAAGCACUGGAUCUUGAUCUCCACAAAAGUUAUGCUAAGGUGGUUAUUAAAAGUGAAGAUAUUGGAAGGUUUAAACAUCUAAGAUACCUCAAAUUAAGUGGGGGAACCUUGGUUGGUAACUUAGCAGAUCGUCUAACCGAAUUAAGAUGGCUUAUUUGGAGCCAUCCUUCUCCAAUGUCUAGGCCAACCAAUAUGCACUUAAACAAUGUGGUUGUUCUUCAAUUUUCAGACAAUGACUUCAUAGAUGAUUCCAAACUACAGAGCUUAAUCAAGAUAGCAAGGAAAUUGAAAGUUCUUUCUCUUGAAAGUUGCCACAACAUAACCAAAACACCAGACUUCUCUGAAUGCUUGAAUUUGGAAAGGCUUGCUUUUGAAAAUUGCUCUAGCUUGAGGAAAAUCAAUGGUUCUGUUGGAAAGUUGAAGUGUCUAAUUGAGUUGAAGUUUGAUGCUUGCUUGUGUCUUGAAGAUUUGCCUGAAGAAAUUGGGGACCUAGUGAAUCUAAAGCACUUCUUUGUACAGUGGUGUAAUGUGAAGAAACUCCCAGAUUCCAUAUGGAAGCUGAAAUCAUUAUGUGAGUUGCACUUUUUCAGGGGCUUUGAUGGUUUUGAUUCAGCAAAUUCAUGGGAAUUACCUAGUGGUAUUGGAAUGCUUCAGAAUCUAGAAGUGCUUGUAGUCAAUAGUAGCAAUUUGAAAGGUCAACUUCCUUUUGGAAUUGGAAGUCUGCCCUAUCUAAGAAUCCUAAAUUUAUCAUUUACUCGUAUUAGCGAUGUUCCAGAGAGCAUUAGCAUGCUUCCUUGCCUACAAAGAUUGGAGUUGAUGGAAUGUCCAGGGAUUCAAGAGUUGCCAGUGCUCCCAACAAGUUUAACUCAUCUACGAGUGUCAUCAGCAUCAUUGCGGAUAGUUCCAGAUCUCUCAAACUUGACUAAUCUGGUUGAGUUGGAUCUAAAUGUUAGUAGAGGAGUAGGAGAGAAACCUUGUGCAGGUAUGUUAUGGUGGAUUGGGAGGUUAUCCAAAUUGACUAAAUUGAGCUUGGGACUUCACAAUAUUCCUGCUCCUACUGAGCUUGCUUCCCUUUCUCAUCUAAACCAACUUGAUUUGUUUGGAUUGGAUCCGCAGACCUUUCCGCAGCUUCCCUUGUCUCUGCAAAAGCUAGGCCUAGAUAAUUUCAAUUCAAUUGUGUCACUCUUUCCAAACCUGAGGAACUUGUCAUCUUUAGAGCUCCGUCGGUCUCCAAUGCAAGAAUUUCAACUCGAUGGGCUUCAACUUCCACAUCUGAGGGAGUUGCUCGUGCAAAGCUGUGCACCGCUCCAAAGAUUCAGUCUAUCAAGCAUGAGGAAGCUGAAAGAUGUCCAGGUGAGAGAUUGUCCAGAGCUAGUUGAGAUCCAGUUUUCUUGGGUGUUCGAAUCACUGAGUUCAUUGUCUAUUGAGUGGUGCAAGUCCUUCGGAAGGCUCGUUUAUGUUGGAGAAGAAGGGCAUGAUAAUAAUGAAUCUGCUAAUGAGAUGAUUAAUUGUGAAGGGAGACUUAUCCUUCAAUUGAAAGCCUUAAACAAGUUGCAGACUUUCAACCUGGCGGGUUGCCAUAAGAUACUUAAGAUUCAAGUUGUCGGUACAUCGGGAUCGUGGGAACGCUUCGAUGUUUGGAGUUGUUCGUCGCUGCAAAGUCUUUAUGGUUUACAAAACUUAAAGAAUUUGAAGUCUCUAUCCAUCCACUACUGCAAUGGGCUACAAGUUGUCGAGGGCCUCGACGAGCUGGAGUUUUUGGACCAGUUGAUACUUAAGAAUUGCCGGUCGCUGGAGAGUUUGAUAGAUAUAUCAAGUACCAAAUUGCCAAAUCAUUGCCACAUUCACAUUUCCUGUUGCUGGAAAUUACAUGGGGUUAAGAAAGGAUUCGAUGGAUCCGUCCAGUUUUUCAAGCAUCAUAAGAGGAGAAGGCUGGGGAGGGCGUCGUUUCAAUGCCUGAGCUUCAACAGAAUGUGACGCCGAUUGCGGACAAAGAUGGCCAGAGCCGUAGAGGCCCCGUCUCUGAAAGAAGUCAGA